UUUUUCUUUGCAUUUUCAGCGAACGUUGAACAAUUUUCAGAAAGUUUUAUGCAUUUUUAAGAUAAAUGAUUCGAUAAAUGGCGAUUUUUCUCAUGUUUCUUUCAAAGACUAUAAUCCAGCAAAUUGGCAAACAUUUAAUUCGCGUUCGCCAUUUCUACGAAGUUCAAUUACGAUUGAUCGACGGCUUAUUGUCGCAUCUUUUCCCCCCUUCCCAUUUUCUGUAUUUUUUGCCACGAUUGCUGACGAGAUGCGCAUGUAGAGGUCGUAGUUUCUCGCAAGAAAUAUGAAGUUGGAUAGAGGUACGAUGGAACGUGCGAGCACCAUCAGUGAAUCGGUCGAAGCAGGUCUACGUUUCAUCGGCAUGUGGCCGCAUUGUAUAUAUGCGAACAUUAAUUGGUGGACUUACAUCGCAUCGGUAGCGGUGGUGCAGUAUUUUCAAUAUUCGUACAUUUUGGAGCAUUUCGACAUCAGUGAUCUUUCGAUUAUUAUAGACGGUUUAAGCAUCACGUUGGGUUAUAGCCUGUCGUUUCUCAAACUGAUCAAUCUCUGGUUCAAUCGCCGAAAGCUACAUGUCAUUCUGGAUACGAUGGAUAAAGAUUGGAACGAUGGAAUCGCGAUUCAUUCGGAUGUAUCCACAAUGAUCAGGCACGCCAAUCUAUCUCGUCAAUGCUCUAACGUGAUGAUCACGACGAACGCGCUGUCUGUGUUUUUUUACACGAUCGGUGGCCCGAUACUUCGAUCGGUGAUCCAUAAGAACGAUCAGGAAACUAUAACUCGCGAGUUACCCAUCAAAAUGGAAUUUCCUUUUAAUGUUGACAACUCUCCGAUUUUCGAACUGGUAUUAGUAGUCCAAUUGUUUCAUGAUCUAUCUGUAGCUUGUAUCAUCGCUAUGCUAAACGCUUUGCUUGUCACAUUGGUACUGCACAUAAGCGGUCAAAUUGAUAUCAUGCGCCAAGGCCUCCUGGAAAUUCCCUCCAAGAAUCAUUCAUCUCUGGCCGCUAUUAAAGUUUUGAUUAGUAGACACCAAAGAAUCAUCAAUCUAUCAGAUAAUAUCGAAGAUCUUUUCUCAAAUAUUGCAUUGCUUCAGUUCAUCUGGAACACUUUGGUCAUCUGUUGUAUAGGCUUCUUGAUUAUAAUAUCCAUCGGUACGGAAGAAGGUGCUACGAUGAUAACGAAGUCUCUCAUCUUUUACGUCGCUAUAACUCUCGAGGCAUUCGUCUUUUGCUAUGCCGGGGAAUAUCUCAGCGCUAAGAGUAAAUCCAUCAGUGACGCCGCAUACGAAUGUCUCUGGUACGAUCUGACGCCGAGCGAAUGUCGAAUCUUAAUGUUCCUGAUGUUGAGAUCGCAGAAACGGUUAACCAUCACCGCAGGCAAAAUGACCGAUUUAUCCUUGGAAGGUUUCACGACCAUACUUCACGUAAGUGGUCAGAUUGAUAUUAUGCGGCAAGAUAUAAGUGAAAUUUCCAACAAAUACGAUCCCAAUACAUCCUUAAUCAUUAUUAAAACUCUUAUUUGCAAACAUCAAAAGAUUAUUACUUUAUCAGAAAAUAUCGAAAAUUUAUUUUCUUAUAUUGCUCUGAUGCAACUUCUGUGGAAUACUUUGGUUAUCUGCUGCACUGGUUUUGUAAUUAUAAUUAGCAUAGGUACUGACGAAAGUGCGACGACAUCAAUUAAAUCUGUGAGCUUUUAUAUUGCAAUAACUCUGGAAGUUUUUAUACUCUGCUUUGCAGGAGAAUUUUUAAGCGCCAAGAGUAAGUCGAUUAGCGAUGCGGUGUAUAAUUCACUUUGGUAUAAUAUGCCACCCUCUGACAGCCGUAUUUUAUUAUUCGUGAUAUUAAGAUCGCAAAAACGAUUAACGAUCACUGCAGGAAAAGUAGUCGAUUUAACUUUGGAAGGAUUUACAAGCAUUAUGAAGGCAUCAGCUUCUUAUGUAUCAGUAUUAAAUGCAAUGUAUUGACUUUGGGAUGAUGAUCCGCUGAAUAUAUUUGCUAUUGUCUUAAUUACAACAAAUUUAUCAAGCAUCAUUAUCGUUGAACAAAUGAA